AUGUCUAAUCCUACAAAGGAUAUCCAAGCCGAAUUGGCUACCAAAGCCGCCGACAUCUUUGUUGAAAGUUUCUACGAAGCUCUAAAUAAGCCCAAUCUUCGCUCAACAAUCACAUCCUUCUACAUCAAGCCUUCCGCUCUGGCACCGGCCGAAGCAUCCAUAACCAUUAAUGGAAACAUCGUACCAACACCCUCCGCCUUCCAAGAGACGUUCGAGAACAAAAUAGGCAAAACUUCAUAUGAAGCGCAAGCAUAUGAUGCUCAUGUCAUAAACCCAAACUACAAUAUAGGCGUUGAGGAAAGUAAGCUUGGGCCGGAUAAGGAUGGGAGGAAAAUUAGUAUUGCCAUUAUGGUUAGCGGAUCAGUGAAAUAUACGUCGAAGAAUGGAGACGAGGGAGAAGAGCGAAGUUUUAUGGAGAAUUUCAUCUUGGUGCCCAAUGUGGAGGCUAGAAAUCCAAAGGCGCCGAAGGGGAUCAAAAAAUGGUUGAUUCAGAGUCAGAUAUUUAGAUUGGUGCUUUGA